AUGAACGGGAGGCCGAAGCGGCGGCCGCCCCGGGUGGGAGCUUCGUCUCCGCCGCCGCCGGCGGGAAAAGCCGCCAAGAAGCGCGUGAAGCGGCAGAUCAGCGUGGAGUUCUCUGCCGCCUUGAAGGAGCCGGCCUUGAAGGAGAAAGUGGCCGCGGCUUGGGCCCGCCAGGAGCCGCUGGAGCAUGAGGCAGUCACUCUGGAUCCUGCUCCUUUCCCCCACUGUGUUAUCCCAGGCUUCAUCCCCAGCGAGGACUUCCUGGAGGAGCUGCGGAGGGAACUCCUGACCCUAGAUUUCCACGAAAAGUGUAAUGAUCUGUACAAGUUCAAACAGUCAGAUGACCUAAAGAGGAGAGGAGGGCCCCACAUUGCGGCAUUAAGAAAAGUUCUUUUUGAAGAAUUCCGGUCUUGGCUUUCUGACGUGAUCCAGGUAGAGCUGGAACCAACCAUUGAUCUGUCCUGCGCUAAAUAUGAAUAUACAGAUACCCUGCUGUGUCAUGACGAUGAGCUGGAGGGGCGGCGAAUCGCAUUCAUCCUUUACCUUGUACCCCCCUGGGAUAAGCACGACGGGGGCACUUUGGAUCUCUUCUCUACAGAUGAUCAUUUCCAGCCUUUGCAGAUUGUCAAGUCUUUGGUUCCUUCCUGGAAUUCACUCGCUUUCUUUGAAGUGUCCCCAGUCUCCUUCCACCAGGUGUCUGAAGUCAUUUCCAAAGAGAAAUGCCGCUUGUCGGUGAGUGGCUGGUUUCACGGCCCCUCGCUUCCGAGACCACCACGUCCUGUGGAGCCACCGAUUCCACGAAGCCCCCACGUCCCUCGUGAUCAUGAGAUCUUGUAUGAUUGGAUCAAUCCCGUUUAUUUGGACAUGGAUUCCCAAGCACAGAUCCAGGAAGAAUUUGAAGAUCGAUCAGAGAUCUUGCUGAAAGACUUUCUCAAGAGAGACCAGUAUCAGCGGGUUUGCAAAGCUCUGAGGACGGAAGGACUCGGCUGGAGCACUAGAGGUCCUCCCAACAACAGGCAUUACGAGAAAGCCGAGGAGAAGAGCUUGCCGGCCAUUUUAAAGGGGUGCUUUGAACUCUUCCGCUCCGAGGCCUUGUUUCUGCUGCUUUCCAAUUUCACGGGCCUGAAGCUACAUUUUCUAGCGCCAGACGAGGAAGAGGAAGGAGGAGGAGGAGGAGGAGAGUCUUCUGAAAGCUCACAAGGACCCAGCAGUCAAGAGGAAGCUGGCAAUACAGACUGUACAGAGGCACCCGGGAGCGUCUCCGAAAAUGAGGACAACCAAGAAAAUGGUGUCCCUCUUUGCACCGGAGAAUUGAGACGCUGGAGGGAAGGAUGCUACACUCUGAUCCACGAUGCCCAAAGAGCAGAGUUUGCCUUGGAUCUGCUGCUGUUCUGUGGGUGUGAAGACUGGAACGUCGAAUCGGGAGGCUUCACUUCAUACAUUGCAAAAGGCGAAGACGAAGAGCUGCUGACGGUUAAUCCAGAGGCCAAUUGCCUGGCUUUAGUUUACAGAGAUCGAGAGACACAGAAAUUUGUGAAGUACGUUAACCACCGUAGUCUGGAGCAGACGCCGGAUGAAAGAGAAUUCUGGGACUUCUCCUUUGUUUACUACGAAUGAGAGAUGGUGCCAGCAAGUGACGGCAAACCGUUUCUCCUAAAU